UGUAAAAUCCGGACUCGAGGAAGGAUGAAUGUAAUUCAAAGAUGGCGGCGGAGGGAGGAGGGAAGGAGAAUAACGAAAUUAAAACUCAAUUCACUACACGGGAAGGCGUCUAUAAACUCCUCACUCAUUCCGAAUAUAGCCGCCCCAAUAGGGUGCCUUUCAAUUCCCAGGGUUCGAACCCUGUCAAAGUUUCAUUUGUCAACGUCAAUGACCAGUCUGGCAACGGCGACCGAAUAUGUUUCAAUGUGGGCCGGGAGCUGUACUUCUACAUCUACAAAGGCGUUAGAAAGGCUGCUGAUCUGAGCAAACCUAUCGACAAGAGGAUAUACAAAGGAACACAGCCCACAUGUCACGACUUCAACCACCUCACGGCCACGGCGGAGAGCGUCUCCCUGUUGGUGGGCUUCUCGGCUGGCCAAGUGCAGCUCAUCGACCCAAUCAAGAAGGAGACCAGCAAGCUCUUCAAUGAGGAAAGACUAAUAGACAAAUCCAGAGUAACUUGUGUAAAAUGGGUGCCAGGCUCGGAGAGUCUGUUCCUAGUCACUCAUUCCAGUGGAAACAUGUACUUGUACAACAUGGAGCACACGUGUGGCACCACGGCACCUCACUACCUGUUGCUCAAACAGGGUGAGAACUACUCAGUGCACACUUGUAAGAGCAAGUCCACGCGCAACCCCUUGCUCAAAUGGACGGUGGGCGAGGGAGCCCUUAACGAGUUUUCUUUCUCACCUGACGGAAAGUUCCUGGCGUGCGUGAGCCAGGACGGCUUCCUUCGGGUCUUCAACUUUGAUGCGGUGGAGCUGCACGGGACCAUGAAAAGCUACUUUGGGGGUCUGCUGUGUGUGUGCUGGAGUCCAGACGGAAAGUACAUUGUCACGGGGGGCGAGGAUGAUCUGGUGACUGUGUGGUCAUUUGUGGACUGCCGGGUUAUUGCACGCGGUCACGGACACAAGUCGUGGGUGAGUGUGGUGGCGUUUGACCAUUACACAACCAGUGUGGAGGAUGCGGACCCUAUGGAGUUCAGCGGCAGUGACGAGGACUUCCAGGACCAGAUCCACUUCGGUCGCGACCGGGCCAACAGCUCGCAGUCCCGACUCUCUAAGCGCAACUCCACGGACAGUCGGCCGGUACAGGUCACAUACAGGUUUGGUUCAGUGGGCCAGGACACUCAACUCUGCUUGUGGGACCUCACAGAAGAUAUCCUUUUCCCCCACCUCCCACUUUCCCGGACAAGAACGCACACCAAUGUGAUGAAUGCUACCAGCCCCCCGGCGGGAGGGGACGUGGCUGUGGGAGGCGGGGUAGGUGGUGGCAUAGAGACUAUUAACCCUAGCACUAACGGCACCAACACCCCUGGUAACCCCCCCCCUACUCCCCUGCCACGCUCCAACAGCUUACCGCACUCUGCAGCUAUGACCGCCAACAGCAAGAGUAGCGUCAUGGACAACACUAUCGCCGCAGGCGUAAGCAAGUUUGCCACACUCUCCAUUCACGAUCGCAAAGAGCGGCACCACGAGAAGGACCACAAAUGGAACCACAGUAUGGGCCACAUUAGCAGCAAGAGUAGUGACAAGCUCAACAUGCUCACCAAAACCAAAACAGACCCUGCAAAGACACUGGGUACGCUGCUCUGUCCCCGCAUGGAAGACAUACCCUUACUAGAGCCCCUCAUCUGUAAAAAAAUAGCACAUGAGAGACUGACUGUCUUAAUAUUUCUUGAAGACUGUAUAGUGACAGCUUGUCAGGAGGGAUUUAUUUGCACAUGGGCAAGGCCUGGCAAAGUGGUAAGUUCUUUGAAUAGAAAUUAAGUUCUGCUAAAUUCCUGUGCAUUUCUUUGUAGUCUAAAAUGCAAGGAUCCAUUUAGAAAAGUUAGUAUUAUUGUGGACAUUUUAGACAGCGUUGUGACAACAUUACCUACUGUAGAUGAGUAUGGGAAUCUCUUGCACUUGCAGUAUGUUACAUCUCAAACUCUCUAUGUACACUUCCCUACAUAUUUAUUUGGACAGUGAAUCUAAAAUGUUUAAUUUGGCUCUAUACUCAGCAUUUUUUAUUUGAGAUCAAAUGUUUUAUAUGAAGCUACAGUACAGAAUGUCACCUUUUUAUUUGAGGGUGUUUUCAUGCAUAUCUAUUUUACCAUUUAGAAAUUAAAGCAUUUAUGUAUCUAGUCACCCAACUUUUAAGGUGUCAAGUAUUUGGACAUAUUCACUUAGUGUAUUAAACUUUGUCAAAAGUAUAGUAGUUGGUCACAUAUUUCUAGCACUCAAUGACUCCAUCAAGCUUGUGACUCUACAAACCUGUUGGAUGCAUUUGUAGUUUGUUUUGGAUUUUGCUUGCCUAAUAGAAAUGAAUGGUAAAUAAUGUGUAGUCAUUUUGUCAGUUUUAUUUUAAAUAAGAAUACUUCUACAUUAAUGUGGAUAAUCAUGAAUAUAUUGUGAAUAAUGAUGAGUGAGAAAGUUGGAGGCAUAAAUGUCAUUCCCCCCCCCCCCCAAAAAAUGCUAACCUCUCCUGUUAUUGGUAAUGGUGACAGGUGAGCAUGUUUUUGGGGCAUGAUCUUUGCAUCUAACUUAAUCACUCAUCAUUAUUCAUGAUUCAUAUUCAUUUCUAAAUGGUAAAAACAAAUAUGAAAAUACCCUCAAAUAAAAUGUGACAUGCUGUACUGUAGCCUCAUAUAAAACAUUUGAUCUCAAAUCCAAAAUGCUGGAGUAUAGAGCCAAAUGAAACAUUCUAGCUUCACUUUCCAAAUAAAUCAGUAGGGGAGUGGUUUGUGUUCAUCUGCCACCCCAUGCAAAGCCAAUACAUUUUCUAAGAAAUCAAUAAUGGUAAGAAUCUCGUAUGUCAAGUACAAUCAAGUCACCUGGUGGAUAAGUAAGUGCCCUUAGGUAGCCCUCCUUAUCAGUGGAAAGAAGACAUUGAUCCCAAUUGAGUGUAUUUGUAUGCAUCGGCUCCAUAUUAAAACAAACAUAUUGGAGCAUUACCAUCACACAGGGCACCGCAGCAUAAAUAAGCAAGUCAUCUUUACGCUCACCCACAACACUCUCAGAUUCUUUAUGAAAGGACCUGUUUAUUUACCAAACAGCGUUAUAUAUGAAUGCAUUACAUUCACUGCGUCAUCCACUAGCUAGUUUUGGACAGUGGCUCUGUCCUUUUCUGGAAUUUUUUAAAAUAUUUUUUUAUAAUUUGUCUUCUCUCGCUCAUAUACGUUAGGCUGUUUUUCUGGACUUCGAGCUUGGCUUAGUUGAUGAAACCAUUCAUAUUAUGCUUGUGUUUUAAAAGGAUAGUUCACCCAACAACUUUUAUCAUUCCUGUUUCUUACCUUGCAAGUUGUCCAUGGGCCUGGAGUGACUGCCACAAGCUGUCACAGGCUAAAGUUGAAUUACACAAAAACAGAGGUGUUCCAUAGUGCCCACUAUCUGUUGUCUAAAAAUUGCACACCAAAAUCAUGUCCUUCAUCUACAUUAGCCUUUAUGAUUUGGAAUAUGUGCAUUAUCAAAGGGUACUACAGUUGCUAAAGUCAAACUAUGUUCUUGACCUACCUACACACUAUCACAUAUUUUGGUGUGGCUUGUCUUCCGUUCAGAAGGUGGUCUCGGUCAUCGUAGGUGUGGUUUUUGCAGUCAGUCCAGGCUCAGACUGCAUUCAAGGUAAGAAAAAGAUGAGCCAAAAUGAAAUUAGUGUAAACUAUCCCUUUAAGUCCAAGAAUGUGGGUAUCUAAGGAUUUGCUUUCAUCAAGUAUUUUUAAUUUACUGAACAAAAAUUUAAGCGCAACAUGUAAAGUGUUGGUUUCAUGAGCUGAAGUAAAAGAUCAACGUAAAAUGUU